GGACUAAAAAUAAAUCUACGACUCUGCUGGCAGGGCUGGACUGUUAGCGAGAUGGGCUGUCCCCGGCUGCUUCUGUGUCUGACCUCCUCCGAGGGCCGUGCUUGAAGUUUCGGUCUGGAGGUGGCCCGAAGCCGUUGCUGCGGCAAACUGGGCUGGGCUCCGGACCUCCUGCCGCACUGUCAGUAGGGCACUCGGAUGACGUCCCUGCCCGGGGUGCUUGACCCCGGCGCGCGCUCCAGGGGCCAGCCCUUCGCUCCGGCCCGGCGGCCCGGCCAGCAACCCAGUGGAGUCGGGAUGCGAGAGUGCCCCUUCUCCCCCGCCUCCCCAGGGUCCCCUCUCUUCUGCCCUUUAUAGUCACAUGCCCAGGUCCCGCUCCCGAGGAGAACAGACACAGCCCCGCCCAGUCUAUUUCUAGGAGGUGGGUUUGGUGAAUAAAAAGGUCAAGUGGUCGGGUCCGCAAGCUGGUCCAUGGCGAAGGGGGUACUGGACGGACACCUGGCAAGGACCGCCCCGCCUAUCCCCCCCAAACCCUGGCGGGUCCGCCCGCCCACGGCUGGCCUCCUCAGGCCACAUUCUUUUGCUAAGUGUGAGAGGCUGUGGGAAAAGCAAUCCCGAACCCGCCAAGAGCUGGCGAAGCUGAUCCCGCGAUGGCAUUUUGUUUUGAACAGUUGCUUGGGUUGACGUUUCCUCAUAAGGUCACUUACAUGAAUUCAAAGGCAAUUUACCAGUGAUUUCUGGGUGCUGGGGCUGAUUUUUUUUUGCGUAUUUAAGAAUGUCUUCCAAGCAAGCCACCUCUCCAUUUGCCUGCUCAGCUGAUGGAGAGGAAGCGAUGACCCAAGAUUUGACCUCAAGGGAAAAGGAAGAGAGCAGUGAUCAACAUGUGGCCUCCCAUCUGCCUCUGCACCCCAUAAUGCACAACAAACCUCACUCUGAGGAGCUACCAACACUUGUCAAUACCAUUCAACAAGAUGCUGACUGGGACAGUGUUCUAUCGUCUCAGCAAAGAAUGGAGUCAGAGAAUAAUAAGUUAUGUUCCCUAUAUUCCUUCCGAAAUACCUCUACCUCACCACAUAAGCCUGACGAAGGGAGUCGGGACCGCGAGAUAAUGACCAGUGUUACUUUUGGAACCCCAGAGCGCCGCAAAGGGAGCCUUGCCGAUGUGGUGGACACACUGAAACAGAAGAAGCUUGAGGAAAUGACUCGGACUGAACAAGAGGAUUCCUCCUGCAUGGAAAAACUACUUUCAAAAGAUUGGAAGGAAAAAAUGGAAAGACUAAAUACCAGUGAACUUCUUGGAGAAAUUAAAGGUACACCUGAGAGCCUGGCAGAAAAAGAACGACAGCUCUCUACCAUGAUUACCCAGCUGAUCAGUUUACGGGAGCAGCUCCUGGCAGCGCACGACGAACAGAAAAAACUGGCAGCCUCACAAAUUGAGAAACAACGGCAGCAAAUGGACCUUGCUCGCCAACAGCAAGAACAGAUUGCAAGACAACAGCAGCAACUUCUGCAACAGCAGCACAAAAUUAAUCUCCUGCAGCAACAGAUCCAGCAGGUUCAGGGUCAUAUGCCUCCGCUCAUGAUCCCAAUUUUUCCACAUGACCAGCGGACCCUGGCAGCAGCUGCUGCUGCCCAGCAGGGAUUCCUCUUCCCCCCUGGAAUAACAUACAAACCAGGUGAUAACUACCCCGUACAGUUCAUUCCAUCAACAAUGGCAGCUGCUGCUGCUUCUGGACUCAGCCCUUUACAGCUCCAGAAAGGUCAUGUUUCCCACCCACAAAUUAACCCAAGGCUAAAGGGCCUAAGUGACCGUUUUGGCAGGAGUUUGGACACCUUUGAACAUGGUGGUGGCCACUCUUACAACCACAAACAGAUUGAGCAGCUCUAUGCCGCUCAGCUGGCCAGCAUGCAGGUGUCACCUGGAGCAAAGAUGCCAUCAACUCCACAGCCACCAAACACAGCAGGGGCAGUCUCACCUACCGGGAUAAAAAAUGAAAAGAGAGGGACCAGCCCUGUAACUCAAGUUAAGGAUGAAGCAGCAGCACAGCCGCUGAACCUUUCAUCCCGACCCAAGACAGCCGAGCCUGUAAAGUCCCCAACGUCUCCCACCCAGAGCCUCUUCCCAGCCAGCAAAACCAGCCCCGUCAGCCUGCCCAACAAGAGCAGCAUCCCCAGCCCCAUCGGAGGAAGCUUGGGAAGGGGAUCCUCUCUAGGUAAAUGGAAAGGUCAACACCAGGAAGAGACUUAUGAAUUAGAUAUCCUGUCCAGUCUCAACUCCCCUGCCCUGUUUGGGGAUCAGGACACAGUGAUGAAAGCCAUUCAGGAGGCUCGGAAGAUGCGAGAACAGAUCCAGCGGGAGCAACAACAGCAGCAGCCACAUGGUGUUGAUGGGAAACUGUCCUCCGUGAACAAUAUGGGGCUGAACAACUGCAGGAAUGAGAAGGAAAGAACGCGCUUUGAGAAUUUGGGGCCCCAGUUAACAGGAAAGUCAAGUGAAGAUGGAAAGCUGGGCCCAGGUGUCAUCGAUCUCACUCGGCCAGAAGACGCAGAGGGAAGUAAAGCAAUGAAUGGCUCUGCAGCUAAACUACAGCAGUAUUAUUGUUGGCCAACAGGAGGUGCCACUGUGGCUGAAGCACGAGUCUACAGGGAUGCUCGCGGCCGGGCCAGCAGCGAGCCACACAUCAAGCGACCAAUGAAUGCAUUCAUGGUUUGGGCGAAGGAUGAGAGGAGGAAAAUCCUUCAGGCCUUCCCCGAUAUGCAUAACUCCAACAUUAGCAAAAUUUUAGGGUCUCGCUGGAAAUCCAUGUCCAACCAAGAGAAGCAACCUUAUUAUGAAGAGCAGGCCCGGCUAAGCAAAAUCCACUUAGAGAAGUACCCGAACUAUAAAUACAAACCUCGACCGAAACGCACGUGCAUUGUUGAUGGCAAAAAGCUCCGGAUCGGGGAGUAUAAACAACUGAUGAGGUCUCGGAGACAGGAGAUGAGGCAGUUCUUUACCGUGGGGCAACAGCCUCAGAUUCCAAUCACCACAGGAACAGGUGUUGUGUAUCCCGGUGCUAUUACUAUGGCAACUACCACACCAUCACCUCAGAUGACAUCUGACUGCUCCAGCACCUCCGCCAGCCCAGAGCCCAGCCUCCCGGUCAUCCAGAGCACUUAUGGUAUGAAGACAGAUGGCGGAAGCCUGGCUGGAAAUGAAAUGAUUAAUGGAGAGGAUGAAAUGGAAAUGUAUGACGACUAUGAAGAUGAUCCCAAAUCAGACUAUAGCAGUGAAAACGAAGCCCCGGAAGCUGUCAGUGCCAACUGAGGAGUGUUUGUUUGCUGAAUUAAGUACUCUGACAUUUCACCUCCCCUUCCCCAACAGAAAGUUCUUAAUGAAGAGCCCGCAUGCAUUUGUGGCUCCACAAUUACAUCAGCAGAAUGGUCUUAAUUGUUUUGUAAAGUGUGAGACAGAUUAAGUUUUCCCUGAUUUUUCAUGAACUUGAGUUUUUUGUCGUUAUUGUUAUUGUUGUUGUUGUUUUUUUUUAAUUUAGGUGAAGACAUAUUAAAUAUGAGACACCAGGACUUGAAAACUUAUCUCAACCCAUAGCUGUCUUACAAGUCUUAUAUUUUUGUCUUACUUUUUUUUUCUUUUGGAUGUUGAUAAAGGUUUAAGUUACUGUUUUAGAUGGGGUUAAACAUUCUCACUCAGGUAUGCUGUGCCGGCCUACAGGUUGUGAAUGUGUUUUUAUUCUGAAUUACUUUAGAAAACAACUGAGGAUUUCAUGUUGUGAAACAGAACAAGUCCACGGCGUGUGCAGCUGCAUGUGGAGCAGAUUCGAAAGGCCUCGGAACUCUGUGUUUCCAUGUGUAGAGUUCAACUUUGAAUGUGCCAAACGUUCUCAUCACUUUUGAAUCUUAAUAUUUUGAAAGUCUUAAAGGAGACACUGCAAAGUCUUAGACAAUCUUUGGCAUCUUAAAAUAAAAUAGCAAAGCAUACAUUUUUUUUCCAGAAAAUGGUAAAGUACUCAGGAAUCUGGAGACAAGAUAUUGUACGGAAUGAACAAGGUUGCCGCAGUGCACGUACCCAGUCGUGUUUGCCUCGACGUGCCAUCAGCGUGCGGUGCCGGACCGCGCUCGCACACCAGAGCGGUCACCACGCCAGACACCGACAAGGUGGUCCUCUCUGCCUGAGACCACCUCUCACUACAUCCAUUAUCCCUUUGCCUUUAACCCUGACAUUCAGUCUUAACACAUUUUCUCUUAAAUAAUUUAUUCAUUCCAGAAUGUCAAGGGUCCACUUGCUAUUUAUUAAAAAAAAAAAUUGUUGGUGGCAUUAAUUUAAUAAUUUUUGUUUUUCACCAUCCUUCCCCGAAGAACCUUUCAGCCCUUUUCACCGCCUUCUCCUGCUAGAUACAAAAGAUGUACAUAGUGAUUUUACGUCCCCAGAGCAUCUGGAAGCAUUUCUGAAACAAGGUACUAUUAAAUACCGACAUUGUUGUGUUUAUACAUGAGUGUGUAUCUGGCUGCAGGGCUGUGUGUUCGGAUACAGGUGCAGAGUCUUAAUCUUCAACAGCUAUGCCUGUGAGAUUUGCCAUGACCUUGAAUCUUUGGCCAGAAUUUCCCCCUAUGUCAGCCCAGCAGCAAGUGGUGGGAUCUAGCUUGGUGGCAUUUCCCCUGAAGGCCACUCAGCAGCAAGGGUCAAUGGUGGCGACUUCCGAGCAGGAGAGUCCCACAGCCAAACCUAAAGCCCAAGGCUGUGGACCACAGAGGGGGCUACGGUGAUGCUGUCAUUGGCUAGCACCUAUAGACUGAGCUGCCUUUCCCAUGUGGCACAUCUAGGGAGUUCUUUGCAAAAUCCCCAGGAUGCAAGAAGCCAUGUGACAGCCUCAAAGACAAGACAGAGGCCGAUAGUCAUGAUGCAUCCAGAGAAUGAGAGAAAACCAUAGGGAAGGAGAAGGAGGGGGAAUACAUUCCCUAGAGGGGAGGUUCCUACUGUUAACUCUGGGGAACAGAUCACUCCCAGGGCAGCAGACAUGUCCCUCCGGCUCACAGCCUCUGUCGGUGGCCAUGUUGGGGGCAGGCCUCCCUGUGAACAAGAUCAAUGGCACUUGUCAUACAGGGAUUUUCUGGAGACGUGCUGAUGGGCUGGGAGGCAGCGAGAUCCCCAACUCCUAACCACAGGGAGCUCGGCCAUGCCAUUUUGACCUUCCUGAAACCGGAACUGAUUGCCUACGGGUGGGCGGGGCAGGGGCUCACCCAGACUGGUUCAGUGGCGAAGGUCAGUGAAUGGGACAGUCCACCUCACAGGACGACCCAAACCUGAUCACCAGAGCAUAGGAACGGCCCCAUCAUAUUUCUUGAGCCAUUUUGUCACUUGGAAGAAAAUAGUGUACCUUCAUAUUUAUUUAAAGAGUGUUCAAGGCCAUAUCUAAUAGCAGCAAAUAGGUCUAGGCAAGCUAUUACUGGCCAUGUCAUUAGCUGGGAAUGCUCUCUAUAAGCUGACUUAAGGUACUGAUAGGAAUGUUUUGUUCUUAAUAUUGGUUGGGGAUUGGAACUUUGUUUUUGUACAUUUAUUUCAAAUGAGGGGGAGGUCAUUUUUCUCAAAACAUGAGUAUUUAUUAUUAUGGUCUUACUGAUUUCUUUUGAGUAUGUGCCCCUCCUCCUGAGUUCAUUCUCAUGGUUUCUUCUCACCCUCUUUGACUUUAGCCUUCGUCCUCUCCCACUCCUUUUUUCUUUUGUUGCUUAGGUAGAGUGCUGUACGGCUAGCAUUGUAUUGUAUGUAAUUAAUUUUGCACAAGGGCAAACAUUUAGAAUAGCAGGUUAAUUUUGUUUGUUUUAUGACCAUGCCAAAAUAAUAUUCUGGGCUGGUGGAGAACAAAGGACUGUUCUUUAGGAUUGAAACUUGAUUUCACUUGUAGUAAAGACAAAACAAAACAAAAAAAACAACAAAAACACACACACUCACAGAUGUUGUUUCGUAAGUGUUAUAAGCACUGGAUAUAAAUGGUAUUUUUAUCACUUCUGACUAAUGUGAAACUGUUGUACGAAAAACUACAUGAACAAAAGUCAUCUGUUUCGACUCGUGUGGGCUUGCCUCACAGUUGCCGGAUUUGAGUCAUUUUUAUGUCUUGUUAUUUCAUUUAUUUAUGCAAAAUACAUGUGUGUAUGAACACUUUGUUUUAGCUCCAGCUCUGCCUCAGUACUGGGGUUCGGGGACUUCUAGCCAUGUUCCCAAAAAUGAAAGGCUGUUCAGGAAUGAUCUGAUUGUAAACAUCCCUUUCACUGGGUCAAACGGUGAUGCUGUAUUUGAAUCUAAAUUCUGCGCACAGGCAGUGUAUUCUAUUUAUUAGCCAAGCGUGGCUCUAAAUAUCUUUGGGAGUUAAGAAUGACAAUCAUAGGGAUCACUUCAUUUUAUUUGCAGCGGGGCUUAAACAAAGUUUUUACGACUUUACCAUCUCAUUUUAGAUUUUUCUAAUUGUGUAAAUGUAACAUAGAAAUAGAAUUUAUUUUUGGGUCAUGAAUGCUUAGUGAGAUAUAAGUUAUGUAUUUCCUUUUUGUUCUCUAUCCGUAUGUGUCAGUCCAGACUAGAAGUUGACGCAUCGCUGCACCUCGUGGGGGUGGGGAUGCGCCGCCCACAGGAGGGAGCAGGCUGCCCCGGAGCCGGGGCCACAGUGCCCUCCCCUCGAGGCCUCGUGCAGUCAGAAGCCACUGUCCACAGGCCAGACUUGGACGUUCUUUCUUAGAGAAAGUCAGUGAAUCGAGCACACCACAUCCGCAGUGCAGCUGGGAGAGAGUCCGUUGGCUCUGUGAAUCCACAUGCAUUACAUAAGGUCAUUCUCUGACCGUUUACUAGCAAGAAGCAUGAAUGUUGCAGUGAAAGCAAAAAUCUGCCUCUGAGAUUGGCCGUUAACAAAAGUCCCACCAUGCCAAUUAGAUUAAAGACUUUAAUACACUUCUUUCAGUGCUUUUUUAUUUUGUAGUAUCUUCAAAUCAAAGAUAAAAAUUAUCUCUAUUUCGAUUAAGAACUUGCAGGAUUAGGAUUUUGCCAUUAGAACGGGGACAUUGACAGACAAUCCCAUCCUAAAAAUGGACCACAAAGAAGAGAAAGAAAGGAGUGAAAGAAAGAAAGAAAGAAAGAAAGAAAGAAAGAAAGAAAGAAAGAAAGAAAGAAAGAAAGAAAAGAAAGAAAGAAGCAAAGAGAGAGAAAGAAAGUCAAUCUGUGGACAGAACAGCCAGGCAAGCAAUCUCUCUAUUUCCCUGGCAGACACGACGCAGCAUCUUUUCCAGGAAGGUACGAGAGCUUUGUUGUUUUCAUAGCUCAACCUGUUAGGAGCACAUCAGUUUGCUUUACUUGGUAUUUGAUACUCCCCAGCCUUGUCCUCAGGCCUGAUUUGAUUUGCCAGGGUCCUGACACGGACUCCCAGGCCAAGUUCUAAAUUCAGGUGUGGGCUCACAGUGCUAUUGAGCUUGUCAAAUUCUGGCCUUCCCUGAACAUUAGCCCCACUGGGACCUGGGUGUUUGAAAAGGGUGUGAUCACUGUAGGGCUGAAAUUAAAGGCUUCUUUCUUUUCCUUAUGAAGCCAGGCUGCUUCUUUGGAGCACACCCUCCCAAGCCGGGAAGACAGGCACUAGCUGAAAGCAAGAAUUGUUUUGAGGAAGUCUGCCCACCCCCAGUAGGAAGGCAGCCCAGUCACUUGAACACCACAGCAGAGGCUGCUUAUCUCAGUUUACUAAUUUUCCAAACAGGUGACCUCUGCGUACUCAUUAGGGAAAGGAAAAAGAAUCACUUAGUAGUUUUAAAUCAUAUGAGAAGUCCUGUACCUAGUGCCAACAACUGCAAACAGUGCAGCUAGAGGAAUGUAUUGGAAUUAUUACUGGGUCUUCCUUUGUUAUGAGAAAAUGACAAAAUGGUUGCUGUAACCUUGCCUGGUUUUGGACACGUUUGUCUAAGGACUGAGUUGGCACUUAAGCUCACUUCUCAACGUAUAAUAAUGUUGUAUGACCUCAUUUGUCCUUUUACAGAAGCACUUGCAUCGUUUCUUUAAGUCAUCUGCCCCUGACAUGUUUUCUUCCUUAAUAAACAGCUUCUCUCUGUUACUCCUGCCGAUUAUGUUCUCUUUCCGAUGCCCUACGCUGUUGAGUGUAACCCUCUGCUGAGAUCAUUGAAAACACUGAUAUGGAAACACACAUUUCCUUUUCAUCCCGAUCCCAUCUUUUCCUUUGGGGACAGACUGCUUUCCCAAAGCUCAUGAACAAGUAUUCGAAAUGCUGGUAUCUUGGGGGUGGGGCUAGAGAUGGGUGGAGGAGGGGCGGGCAGGCGACCCUGCAUGGUUCCAUACUCUUGGAACCGGUGUUCCUGGCACUCUGAAAGCUCAAGGCAACUCAGUGACGUAUCUUGCGCAGUAGCUUCUUAUUCCUGAAGAACCACAAACAUAAAGUGAGGUCUCAGUGCUGGUGCUCUUGGAGUUUGGGGAAUGUGCAAAUAUUUAACUGUUUUGUAUGCCGCACAUUGCAGAUCUGCUCAUGUGCAUUCUCCGUUUGUCUUCCUGCGUCCUAUGUGUUUUUGCUUUUUUUGAAAGUGCAGUCUCUAUUGUACCCUUCUCCAGCUUGUAGCAAGUUAGAAUGCUUAGCAUUUAUGUUCAUGCAUUAUUGUAUUUGCCAUGUAAAGUUUUUAUUACCUUAGACAAGCUUAUAAGCUGUUACUACAUAACUUAUCUUACUGUAACUCUUUUAUUUCCUGACAUUGUAAUUUGUGAUGUAUAUUGUGAGAUUUGUAUUCUAUGUUAAUUUAAUCAGCACAAUUCACUGACAUGCUGGACUGACAUGCUGGCUGCUGUUUCAAAGUGUAAAGUUUGUGUAGGGCUGUUGGGACAACUGCGACUCGGUUGUCGAGGUGCUGUGCUUCGGCUCCUCCGGCAGCGCGGCGGGCGUGGCCCCUGCGGCGCCCAGGGCAUUGAAUGCGCCCUUGAGCAAAUCUUAACUGCAGAUUUCCUUUGUAGAAAUUCUAUGUAUAGUGCAGGUACCUACUUGGCCCAUGGCUGGUAACUAUUUGGGCAAUUAGAAAAAAACAAAAACCAUAAAAACUAGUGUCUAUUGCUGCUUUGAAUAUGUUUGAAAGUCUGAAAAUGUAAAUAGUUUAUCAAAAAAAAUCUUGUACAGUCCAGUGUAAAGUUUUUAAAUGACCUUAAGGGUUGCCAUCACACAUCUUUCUCACACUCUCCUCUUGUAAUGGAAAAAAAAAAGUUCGCUAAGGGUUAAAGAAGUGGGGAAAGCAAAGAAUCUCUUCAAAUUUAAAGGAAUGAGUCAUUGUUCUUAGCUUUGUUGCAUACGCCAACUUCUUGGAUUUCGUUGUGCAGUAUUGACAUGAGACAAAACUCAGCAUCGAAUACUCUUUCAGUGGUACCUUUCGGGUCUCCUCACCCCUCCCCUGCCUCAUAAUUAAGGGAAAAGACAAGACUGAAAGACACACUUUCUUUACCUGUCUUGGUGUAUGUUGGCACCUUAGCUACUUUUUUUUUCCUUUUUGCACAAGGUGCUUUCCUGAUAUGUCAAACAUGCCAUCUUCGGGUGAUAAUGUAAAUGCCGUGAUGGGGCCGAGGCCCCUCAGGGGAGUGUCUAUAAGAACUGCCUAUUUAUGCUCAUUUACCUCAAGACUGUCCUCUCUACCCUUAAUCUAGUUGUCAUCACUCCAUCUUUUGUACUGCUGUUGACACUUACAAAUUAAAGAUAAAUUUUGUUUUAUGA